AUGUCUAUGACUGCAAAUCAGAAUCAUGAUAAUGCAUCAUCUAGUGGUAAGAGGAUCAAGAGUACUUGUGACAACGAUAAUAUGAGACCUUCGUCAGAUCUUAACCAUGAUGUGCUCUCAUUAGUUAUGAUGCAACUGGGAUUUGUUGAUUUUUUUGCAUUUUAUGGAGUUUGCAAGUCAAUGAGAUCAGUGGCACUCGCUAACAGGGAAAAGUUUAUGGCGUCAAAACCACCCAUGUUAAUGCAUAUCUCUAGGACGACUCUUAUUUAUAACGAUAAAGAAUGCUGCUUAGAGAAUUGUGAAGGAAGGAAGUUCAAAACCAUACUUCCCAAUUCUGUUUGCAGCACCCUUGUUGGAUCAACUUGUGGUUAUUUAAUCUUCUUCAGGUGGCUUACAACCUGCGACUUCCUGCUUGCGAAUCCGAUCACUAAGCAUGAAUUUCAUUUCCCUCGUGUCCCAUUUGUCGUUCUUGGUAGACCAAAGAUCAAUGCUGUCCUUGUCUUUUCACCCUCAAUAUCAAGAUACAUAUUUGUUAUGUUGGAUAGAAACAGUCAUUGCAUAUGGUAUUCUAUAGAGGGUGAUGGAGCAUGGAAUCAUGUCUACUCCACUUUCCGCAUCACGAGUUUACAUGUUUUCAAGAAGAAGAUAUAUACCAUAUGCUCUGGUGCCAAUUCAUGGGAAUUAGUAAGACAUUUACGUGAACUGACACUCAAUCCUAACCCUGAACUGAGGUUGGUCGAAACCAAGAAUUUUAUGAAUAAAGGCCUAUAUUCUUCGUUGCUGCUUGUAAGUUGGGGUGAAAGCCUUUAUUAUGUGGAAAGCUUAUUACUCGGCAAUUCGUUAAAUGUUCAUAAACUAGAUUUUGGAAAAAUGGAAUGGGAGCAGGUUGAAGAUACAAGAGAUGAACAUGAACCUGCAUUCUUUCUUAGCAACUUGAAUUAUGGUGCUGCUGUUAAGCCGGAGUCGUGGGCUGACUCUGGGACACAACACAUACACCAGAGAUUUGUUAGACAUGGCAUGUUCUUUACUGCAAAUCAAUGGUAUUUCCCACAUGAAUGUUUGAAUGUUAAUAUCUUAGAUGAGUCGUGA